AUGAUGAUUCUGUUAUCCUUAUCGCAUGGUGCACCUGUUGAUAAACAUUCUACUCACUGUCAAGUCAGCAAAACAGCCCGAGGUUUGAUAAAACAUCUAUUACCGAUGUCAUUGAUACUCGGAGGAGACGUUUACAGGUCGUAUGUGAAUGUAGUAAGUCUGAAAUUUUGUUUCAUACAUUAGCCUAGUUUCAAUAAAUCGGUCAGUGAGCAAGGAAGAAUGCCUUGAGUAAAAAAGUAACUCAGAGUUUUCAGUAGAUCCUUCAGCAACUAACCAUUCAGGCCUCAUGCAGUCAGACAGUAAGUCAGUCUUUGGGUGAGUCAGUCAGUCGGUGAGUCAUUCAGUAAAUCAGUCACUCAAUCUCUUCCUUGUAAAUCAACUUCCAUACAAAGAAAAAACUCUGAAUGAAAUCUAUUCUCUAUUCUCCACUUAAAAACAAAUUUUUUAAGUUGACGGGUUGCCCACAGAAUUGUUCGAGGGGCUGUCUAGAUAGAUUGAUUAAUGACUUUUUAAUGACUUUGAUUAAUGACUUAGAGAAACUAUCUGAUUGAUAGAUUCACUACAUGACUUGGGCCAAUUGGCUCCAAAUUUGGUACUCUUCAUUAACAGAUUGAUCAGUCGAUGGAUCUUUCAGUAACGCAAUCAAUUUAUUAAAUGACUGAGAGGGUCAGUUUUUUCAUUCAACUAAAUACACUAUAAUUGAUUUUUUCAAUGUUCAAUUUUGUUUCUUGGAUUGCUUUCAUUUCACUUCAACGUUUUGUUUAGUCCAAGCAAUGGCUCACCCCAGCUGACCAGUGGACAACUGCCGAAUUUUCGUUCUCUUUACAACAACCGCUGAAUAGAAGCAGAUUACAGGUGCGUCCUUUUUGCUCAGUAUUCUCCUCCAAUCUCUUCAAUACUCGAUGUGUGUAACCCUUUUAUAUCCAGACCUUAUACCGUCAUCUAAUCUAAGAAAAUAACAUUGUCUAAAUAAACCAGUUUAUUCUGAAACGACAUUCUCUAACGGCUAAUGAUCCACUUGUUUUCAGCCUGGAAGACUUCUCCUUGCUGAUAAAAAUAUUCUGAGCAGCUUCCUAUCCUUGAUUCAAAAUUCUACCGUCAAUUUCCGGAGAUUUCCUGACGGUGCAGCAGCCGUUCAGCAGUUGAUGAAUUUGGAGAGUGCACUGCGAAACAUGAUAUCGUACCUGCGAAAACUGGAAAUGGUUUUUGCCCUGGUAAGUGCAAUGAACUUUCGUGAGAACGAGCACAAAUAUUCGCAAAUAAGUCGAACGAGUAUUCUUAAAUACCAGACAAUUGACAUUCUUAUCAUGAAUGCUUCUACGAGAAGCAUUUUGAAAGGCCCUCUAGAUUGAUCAAUGUGACGUAUUAAGCAAUUUUUGGAUGAGGUUAAGUUAAGUACCAUCAAAUAUCAAUGCCGAGGUGAGAAAAAUAUUUGGAGGCCACGGAUUUAGCUAAAACCGAGGCCCCAAUAUAUUUUCCUACCUUGGCCAGAAAAAUUUUCAAAUUUUUCACAACUUCGCCUGUUCCUGUUCGUAUGUCCCGCCUGGCCCCCGUAUAGCUGCUAACUAUGGCUUUUAAAUACAGGCGUUUAGUUAACUUGUAAAACUCUCCAAAGAAAUCUACGAAAGUUAGACGACACGCGUCAGAGAAUAAAGAAGUUUUACUACUGUUCGUAAAGUGCUGCUCACUACUUUAGUUUUAAAACAUUGCUCAAAAAAUUGAAUAUGUCCUGAGAGGAAUGCCCUGAGUGUUUAAACUUAACGAAUGGAAGCUUCACUGUGGUAGCAUCCUUCCUUGCAGGGCUCUCCCUCAAAUGCAACAGCACCUGUGGGAUCUGUCAUAAGUGGAAGCCAUGUCUCAGCAGUCAUGCCCAUACGCAUCUCUCAGAUCACUUCCCAAAACUCAACUGGACUCCUGAAUUCUACCUCACCUACAAUUCACAGCAUAGCACUUCGCGUGUCGUUGGUUUUGAAUGAUCUAUAUUCUAGCCUUCUUGAUAUUGACGUUGACUUCAACAAGAUUCUGAAAACUAAGUGCAAAAAAGAGUAA